AUGCCAGGUCCGACGUUGCUGUUGCGAGUGCCGAACCGGGGCAGUGACCCCAAGACGAAGAGCAAGAAACUUUUGAAGCCGGUGGAGCUCAGGUCUCUCAACACUUCAGGUCUUGAAGUGGAGCUGGCUGCGUCGGCCAGAGGACUGGCUGGCUUUGCCGGGUAUCACACGUCGGUGCUCAUCGACGGAGAGGAGUACUACUUCAGCCCGACGGGAAUCCGCUACGUCAAGAAACUCAUGAGCCACCCCCGACGGUCUCAGGCCACGCGCACACAUAUCGGGUUCAGCAAGGCGACGGGACAGCAGAUGCUCGACUUUCUGAACGAACACUUCCUUGCUGGCAGCUACGACUUCCUCAGGAAGAACUGCAACAGCUUCACAGACGCAGCUUUGUACUUCCUCUGUGAGGCACGCCUAGACUUCAAGUACCGGGCCAUGGAGACUAUUGGCUGGAUGGCCGAGAGUUCCUCGACCGGAGGGCUGUGCUGCAAAGAUAUUCAGCAGGUUUCACACUAA